AUGGGCGUUAGUGCUACAUUGGAUGAAGACACACUGACCCUGAACGCGACGGUGUUGUCUCGGGACGGCAAGGAGAGCGUUCACGAAACGAUCUCAGGCCCGCGUACUCAAUGCGAAGAGCUGGGAAAGCAGCUGGCAGAGCGCUUCUGGAACAACGAACUGGCCCGGAAGGUGCUGGGCAAGACCCGUCAGAAGCGUGCACUGACGUACGGAGACGCCGAAGCUCCCGGUGACGCAGCUGCUGCUGCGGCAUCUGGAUCGCCCACCAAGAAGGCUAAAACCUCCGAGUAG